CGCGCGGCGCUUUGGAGUUGGAGUUGACGGGAACCUGUCUUCACAUUUUCUUAUCGUGAAGAGCAAAGCUCUGAGUUUUGUCAAUCUCCUGCGCCAAUCUUCCGUUUGAGGCGAGGCGGAGGAAGAAGAAGAGAAGAAGCGAGGCAUCCUAUACACCAAAUCUACCCUUCUCCUCUCCAAUCCAAUUGUGAUAUCAUUAUGCCAACACUACCGCGUUCUUUAUUUUCUUCCUGAGGGUUUUCCUCAGAUCGACGCAUGUCUGCGGUCCCUCUUCUUUAGCUACAUCAAUGAAGCCGCAUAAUCUGACCGUACUCUUAAUUCUUCUCUACCUAAUGGCGUUCGUGGUCUCUGCGACGAAUCGAACACCGGAGGUAUCGCCUACAUCCAAGGACCUGCUCGUUCAUGAUCAGUCACUUCCUGUUGCGGUCAGAAAGGGCUCUUAUAUACUCGAUUCGUUCAGAGGUUUUCGUGAAUGGCCGCUGGAGGUGGUGGACUCUUCGUCGGCCACCGUAUCUUCUAUUUGUUCUUCAAUGAUUGAACCUGGUAGAUUUCUUCUUGCAUCAUUGGAUGGAACUAUUUUAUCAGUGGACUGCAAAACUGGGAUACAAUGGUCAUUUCAGACGGGUUCUGCACUCUCAUAUUCAGAACAGGUUAUUUCAGAAAUUAAUAACAGUGGGUGCUUUUUAUAUUCAGGUGAAGAUUGGAACCUCUAUGAGUACUGUACGGGUAGUGGGUUCAGGAAACUUAAUUUGACAAUUGAGGAAUAUGUGCACAAUACACCAGAGAUACAAGGUACUGAGAUAACUAUUGGUUCAAAAAUGGCUACUAUGUAUCUUCUCGAUGCCGAUAGUGGAGAGGAACUGCAUAAAGACCAAACACUCUCUAAUCGUCCUGGCAUUUCUUCUCCAAAGUUUGGGAAUAAACUAGUUUCAUCUAAGCUGGAGAUGGGCAAAAGAGCAAGCAAUUACAUUAUCAUGGUUAGAACAGAUUAUUAUUUGAACUCAUCAGUUCUUGGAAAGCCUAAGUGGAAUAUGAUGGAAUCUCGUAUAAGUGCCACAUAUGUUAACAAUGAGAUACCCAACAAGGCUGUUGAUGACCUUAAUUUGAUGUACACAUCUCAAAAGGAUAUUCCAGUGUACUUCCUGCGCAAGAUGAAUAAUGCACUAAUGGCAGGUUCUGGCGUUCCAAUGCUACCAUCAGCAUCUAAUUUCCCUAACAAUUUUGCUGCAGAUGCACAAAAUAUUUACCAAAAACAAUUUGGCAUGCCGCAAAUUGUACAUGAAACUACAGGUAGUGACCAGAAUCUACAAGGGCUGGAAAACUUUCAUUGUUAUGCUUUUGGUGACUCAUUUAAAGAUGCGAAUGAAUGUUCAUAUGGAAACUGUGUUAUGUAUAAACCUUUUGAAAGUGAAAUAUUUAAUGAAGUUGCAGUCUUACAACCCCAACUGAAUCGUUUCACAAAUGGCCUAUUUGAAAAUGAUUUGGGUACGCCAGAGGAUUCUUUCAUGAUUGCUGAUAAUUUGAAACUGGAUGAGGAUCGUGGCAUUCAAUGGAACCUUAAAACUAGACUUCUUGAAACGGGGCUUUUUCUAAUUUUUAUCGCCCUUCCCAUAGUUCUCAUGUUUGUUAUGUAUUUUUGGAAAAGAAAAGAACCGACCAAAUCUGAUAGGAAAUUAAUUAAUAGAAUGAAACCUUCACUCGCUCCUAAGAAGAAAAAGGCUCGGAAAGCUGUCAACGUGAAGAGUAGUUCAGUUGCAACCAAUCAUGACAGCAUAAUUGCAUCUGGAAAGCAUUAUGCUGAAACUAACGAGCAUUCUAGCAUCCAAAACAGUGAUUCAAACUUAAUGAACCUUUUAAGAGGCAAUGGUGUUGGUGAAGGAAGAUGUGUUGGCAAACUUUUUGUGUCAAAUACUGUAAUUGGCCGAGGAAGCAAUGGCACGGUUGUCUUUGAAGGGGUCUAUGAUGGUCGUGCAGUUGCUGUCAAACGUCUUUUGCGUGCUCAUCAUGAUAUAGCUUUUAAAGAAAUUCAGAAUCUUAUUGCUUCUGAUCGACACCCAAAUAUUGUUAGGUGGUAUGGAGUAGAGCAAGACCUGGAUUUUGUUUAUAUAUCACUAGAGCGCUGCAUUUCUAGCCUAAGUGAUCUAAUCCAGCUUGACACAGAUUGUCCUUCCCCCACAAACAGUGGUGAUUAUAUGAAUUCAAGUUAUACAAAGGAGCACAAGAUCAUCUUGCCCACCAUAAAAGGUGUAGGCAGAGAUAUUCAGUUGUGGAGAUCAAAUGGGCUUCCUUCACCCCAACUUCUCAAACUAAUGAGGGAUCUGGUCUCUGGUGUCGCUCAUUUGCAUGAACUUGGAAUUAUUCACAGGGAUUUAAAACCUCAAAAUGUUUUAAUAAGUGAUGGAAAAAUUCUCACGGCAAAGGUUUCUGAUAUGGGUAUCAGUAAGCGUCUACUUGAUGACAUGUCUUCCUUGAGCCAUCAUGCUACUGGACAUGGAAGCUCUGGUUGGCGAGCACCUGAACAACUUCGUCGUGGGCGUCAGACACGUGCCGUUGAUUUAUUCAGUUUGGGUUGUAUUCUUUUCUUUUGUAUUACAAAAGGCGAACAUCCAUUUGGAAAAUAUUACGAACGGGAUGGGAAUAUUAUGAACAAUCGUGUGGACCUGUUUUUGGUAGAUCAUAUACCUGAAGCUGUUGAUCUUCUUUUGAAGCUGUUGAACUCUGAGCCAACAAUGAGGCCAAAUGCAGUAGAAGCAUUACAUCAUCCUUUCUUUUGGAGUUCUGAGAUGCGAUUAUCAUUUCUUCGUGAUAUAAGUGAUAGAAUUGAAUUAGAAGAUAGAGAAAAUGAAUCAGAACUUCUUAAAGAACUAGAAAAUGUUGGAGCAACUGCAUUUGGCGGAAAGUGGGGUGAAAAAUUAGAUGCUGCUUUUAUUAAUGAUAUGGGACGCUAUAGAAAAUAUAAUUUCGGUUGUCUGCGUGAUCUUCUGCGAGUUAUAAGAAACAAGCUAAAUCAUUAUCGGGAACUUUCGAAAGAACUCAAGGAAAUACUUGGACCAGUCCCUGAAGGAUUUGAUCAGUAUUUUUCUACCAGAUUUCCUAAACUUCUCAUUGAAGUCUACAAAGUCGUUUGUUUGUACUGCAAGGAGGAGGAUUCCUUCAGAAAAUAUUUCGAUAGCAGUUUGAUAUGAGGAACCUUCAUGUCAUUGGUCCUAACGAGCUACUGACAUUCUAAUUCUUUGUACAUGAGUAACCUGAUUGCAUUCAUAAAAUUUAUCUUAUAAGUUAUAACAGUGUACAUUCGUAUAGCAACUUCUAACAGUCUUCACAGAAAUCUAUUUAGCUUCUUCAUUCCCCUGAGUGUUCCAAAAAUCAGUGUUUUGAUGAGGAUUUCUGCUUCUCAGGCGGUCUCCAGGUCAUCUUUUCUGUAACUGCAUACUGAUUUGUAACUUGUAUAUGUAGAUUUGUACUAAAAAAUUGCUUCAAAAGCAAUAAAAAAAUUAUCCCAAAUAAAAUCUUUAGUACAAAUA